UGUAAGGAAAAACAGUCGAAUCAGGCGGCAUACGAAGGAAGAGCAGCAACAUAGCCAAAAGCCAUGGCGGCACCUGAAUCUCCUGUAUGUUAUGUUGGUGUCGCCAGGCAGUCUGCGGCUUUCCGCCUCAUGAAGCAAAUGGGCUGGGAAGAAGGAGAAGGUCUAGGCAAAGACAAGCAGGGGAUCAAAGGACAUGUUAGAGUCCAAAACAAGCAGGAUACUGUUGGUAUUGGUGUCGAGAAGCCAAACAACUGGGCAUUUGACACUACGCAAUUUGAUAAUAUUCUUAAGAGGUUGAAAGUGCAAGCAGUGCAAUCCAGUGAUACAGGCGUAGAGAAAAAAACCACUAAGGUGGAAACUGAGACUACUGCCGUUGGUGAUCAUCCUGAUACAGUUUCUAAAGCUACUAGACCUCAAGGAAGAUACAAGAGAAGAGAGAGGGGGAAGCUUGUUUCUGAAUAUUCUCUGAUGGAUCUUGAAGGAAUACUUGUUAAAAAAGGUGAAGUGUCAAAAUGCAAUGAUGAUUCUGAUGGUGAGCUGGAAGCGUCAAAGACAUCUGACAGUCAGUGUUUUCAAGUAGAAGAAAUCAAAGUUUGCGAUAUCCCUCCAGAUUGGUGGGGCCACAAGUUUGGAUUUGUCUCUGGGGGUCUUCUUGGAGCAGAGUCAAGAAGGAAAAGGGUUUGCGUAUCUGAAACCACUAAUAGUACUGAAAGAACUGCAUUUCAUGAAGAUGAUCAAGAGAAGCUCUACAAGCUGGUCCAAGACAAAUCCACAACUGGAAAGCAAGGACUGGGGAUCAAAGACAGGCCCAAGAAAGUUGCUGGCUGCUUCUUUGAGGGCAAAAAGACCACAUUUAAUGACAGUGAUGAUGAUGAUUCUGCUGAUAUAGUUUCCCAAGAAAAACAAUAUGGUGACAUAAUUAAGGAAGAAAAGACUGAUGGAUCCAGAGUGAAGUUGAAAAAGCUUUGUAAACAGAUUUUACAGAGGGUGCGUGGAGAAUCAUUGAAACUGAAACAACUUAAAGUUCUUAUUGAUGAACAUUCAUCUUCUGUUUUCUCUGAUUUCUCUUCCAAGAAAGACGCAGUUGCCUACUUGAAGCAAAAGCUGGAAGGGAGUAAAAGUUUUGUAUUGAAGGGAGAAGAGUGAGAUUGGCAUCUAAGAGAUGCUGAAUGUUCAAUUUUGCGAAAUACUGAUACCUUUUUGGCGGCCUAUUAUUCUCAUUUUUUUUGGGCGGGGGCGGAGCGGAUUUGGAAUUGGGUGGUUAAGCCUAUGUCCAUGCCACAUUGUUUGUAGGUUGCAGCCAGGAGAUUAAAUUUUGUUACCGUAUCCGUGUGAGAGAAGGAUGUAUUAGAUUAAUGAUUACCUUAAUAAAUCAUUUCCGUGUAUUUAUUGUUUCCCUAGCUCCAAAAUCUUUCAACUUCUUGUAUUUCUUAGAAUACGUAUUGUGGUGAUCAAUAGCACGCUUGUGUUCGUUUGGAUAUUUCGAUG